AACAACUCCACUACCCAAAUAACAUAUCAUCUCAAUUGGGGUUUUACACCAGUCUCUCUUCUUCUUACCUUCUUCAUCCUAAACCCUAGAUAAUAUCGCCAUGGAAACAUCUCUCUCCAACCUCAAUCUCUCUCGCCAAUCUCUCCCACUCUCGUUCCACACCAACCCUCCAUCUAUCUCACCACCCAUUUCCUCCCUCUCCUUCAAACUCACACCCCCACCUCAUUUCCCAAAAACAUGUGUUAAAUCAUCUUGUUUAUCUUCAAUUUCAUCCAAUCUCUCUCGCCCAAUUCCCCAACUCAAACCCCUUGAAAUCCCGAGCUUCAAUCCCCUUUCUUUACUCAAAACAACUGCCAUUGUCACCCUCACUGCCACUGCUGUUCUCUUUGCCCGCUUCAAUAUUAGGCCCGCGAUUGCGAACCCCGUGGCUGAGACUGUAUCGAAUGUCGAAGCAGCUGCUGUCGAACAAGGGGCUGUUUCGGAUGAGGAGAAGGAGAAGAAUCUUGAAUUGUUGGUGAAUGAUAGUCCGGGUGAUGUUCAGGCUUUGAAGAAUUUGAUGGAGAUUAAAAUUAAGAACAAGAAAGUGGGAGAGGCCACAGGGAUUCUCGAUAAGUUGAUGGCUCUUGAGCCGGAGGAUAAGGAAUGGCCAUUGUUGAAAUCACAUCUUUUUGUUUACAGUGGGGAUGUGGAGUCGGCUAAGAAGGGGUUUAAUGAGAUUCUGUCCAAGGACCCUUUGCGUGUCGAGGCGUAUCACGGGCUGGUGAUGGCAGCUUCGCAGGAUGAAUCGUCUCCGGAGUUGGAGGAGGUUGAGAAAAGGAUUAGGGAGGGAGCUGAGCUGGUUAAGAAAGAGAAUAGGAUGGAGGAUUUUAGGGAUUUUAUGCUUUUGUUGGCGCAAGUUCAGGUUUUUCAGGGGGGCUUUGAUGAUGCAUUGGAGAUUUAUCAGGGUCUUGUUAAGGAAGAGCCAAUGGAUUUUCGGCCGUAUUUGUGUCAAAGUAUUAUAUAUAGUCUGAUGGGGAAGAAAAAAGAAGCUGAGGAUAGUUUCCGUAAGUAUAAAAGGCUUGUUCCAGAUGGACACCCUUAUGCACAGUAUUUUGAUGAUAAUUUGAAUGCUACAAAGCUUUUUUCGCAGAAGAUGGAGAACGAAAGAAGGGGUGCAAGUGUUUAAGAUUGUAUUGAUCAUAGUGUAGCAGUUUAAGGUAGUCUUUUGUUUCCGCUUUACUUAUAUUUUGAUGAUCAGGCAGCAAGCGGUACUCUGUAUGGUGAUUGCUUGCCUUAAUGUUAUACUUGGGACAGCAGAAACUCUAUGAUUCGGAUGUUUGUUGUUUACCUAGGUUUUUAAAGAUUGUUAGGGGGCAUUUUGCAGUAGUGUCUUCUGAGAAAUUUUUCAAUACUUUUUUUGCUAUAUAUGCGUAAGAUGGUGAAUUGAUCAAUCCCUGACUUACCUUUUGCAGAAUUAUAUGUUCCUUUGUUGCCUGUAUAUGUAUUGCAUACAGCUUAAGUGGCAAUAUUUUAAAUUUGGUUGUAGUUUGCUUA